AUGGACUUUGAUAACUACGCCGCUGAUUUUCAAAUCGAAGUUGAUUACAAACAAUGGAGUGUUAUAAAUUAUCUCCGAUACCUGAACGAUCGUGUUGAGUUUAGUUCCGAUAGCAAACAUGACAUCAUGAGUGCGUUUAUGAGAAAAUUCAAGAAAGCCAGCAAGUCUAAUGCUAUCCUUGCUGGUGCAAGGCAGAAAGCAACAAGAUUGUGCACAUCAGUCGAAGGUGUAUUUCAGAGAAAAGAAAUCAUUGAUUUCUUUGAAGAGAUGGAUCAGAAAUUUGAGGCGAAGCAAAAUAACCGCGAAGUGUUCAAAAGCGUGGAUACUGCGAAGUCAGUAAUCGCAAAGACCGCCGCAACAUGUCUGGCUGAUACAUUAGAAAUUGAAGUGCGAAAGGGACAAACAUCUAAGGCAAAAGAUGCAUGCGUUCGAUCUCCAGAUAAGGCUCCAUCCAAUGAAUCACCUCCGCGCACCCCACCACAAAAUUCUUGUAAUGUAACCCCUUUGAUUGUGAUGCCAAACAAACGACCUCUCGAAAAUUUCGAAUUACAGAAGUACUAUGAAAAUGCAACUGUUAUUUGCGCAUUCAGAAAGUCUUACACAGAGCUUGAGAGGGAGAUUGGCACGUAUUUAGCUCUCAAAGCAUGCACUGUGCGCGAUAUUAACCCACCUGUUUGGACAACAAGUUUGGAAAGUUAUGUUGACAGUGUCUUGGCAAAAAGUUGUCCAGAAUUUGAGAUUGCUAUGCUUGCUGAUGGAAACUAUGAACAAUUUCAUCUGUACUGCAAGAAAAUCCUUCUUGAUUUGUGUUUACCACCUAGUGGAUAUCAACCAUUCAUUGAGCCGCCACAUAAGUGA